UCUCUUCGUGUAAGGAUGAUGUAUGAUGUCAAUUAAAACUCGAAUAGAGAAAAUGGAAACAAGAGGAGCAAAAGCAUUGAUUCCAAGACCAAUGAAGGUCGGGGAGUAUGCAAGAGAGAGAUUAGGUCGCGACUUUGGUUACCCUGGUAGACAUAUACCAAACAAACAUGGCUGUCCUGUCAUCUGAGCAGGAGUGUUCUCUGGACGAUUUAAUUAAAGAAAGACUGAAGUCAUGUCGCGUGACGCCGAAGGGCAUGAUCACGGGCUACUUGGAGUCGAAGAAGGCUUACGACGAACUGUUUCGCGACCUCAAGGUGUUGGGGUGCCGAUAUUCGGUGCGGUCCUGUUACGCAGGGAAAGCAGACUCAGGAAAUCUACAGUAUAAGAUUCUGUCCCCAGACCUUCAGAUCCCAUUCACAGGUUCUCCCUUUCAUGUUGAAGGCACUACAUAUUUCUUGUGCACACAUGGAUUUCGUUAUUUUAAAAGCAAAGUUCCUCCAACCGCAGAUGAGAAUAGUGAGUCAGAUAACUCAACCACUAAAAAGAAACGUCGAAAAACCAACGAAUCCAUCAAACUCGGCUGUCCUGCAAAGAUGACAGUGAAAUGUAUACGGGUAUACCCUGAUUACAAAACUCCUGCUGAUUCUUGGCGACGUAAAUCAGAUUUGCUGAAGAAGCUGAAAGCUGAUAUGAAAUCAACUCCACCACCCCGACAGGAGCUCAACUAUUGGAUUUCAGUGUCACCAGAAAGUGCCCACACCCACAAACGGACUACAACUCAAAGAAUUCAGCCUUUACAUCCAGAUCUAAUUUCAGAAAUCCACAACCUUGUUCGAAGAGGAGUAACUUCAGUUCCUACUGUUAAGUCACAACUUUCCAAAAUUGUUAGUGAUAUGUUUCUUAAGUCUAGCAUACGCCCUGAUCAUCAAAAUAGUGCAUUUUAUCCAAGUGAUAAAUGUAUUUACAAUCACAUUUAUGAUGCAAGAGUGGCCGUUUCCAAACUUCAAGACGAAGGAAAAAUGUUAGAUCCCAACUUAAUUUCUUUACCAGCAUCCACUGAGGACUCUUUUACUCAUCAGGAUCAUCAAAUCCCUGCUAAAUGUGACCCUGACUCGACUGUUGUUCCUGUUCUGGAUACUUUCACACAUGAAUGGCAAGAUCACACUGUAUUACCAUCCAACUUCGUCCAGGUUCUCAAUAGUAAUGGCACUCUUAUGCUUAUGGUUACCCAGCCCAUAAGUGAGGAAGUUGUUGGACAUGAAAAUUCUACUGAAGUGGAUGCUGCAAACCUUGUUAGUGUAAAUUUGGAUGAUAAUAUCUACCAUGUCAUCACUGGUCCUUCAGAAGAACGUAUCCUUCCACUCAAUGAUGAUGAGAACAUCUUGAUGACACAGACCUGCUCUGAUCAUGAUCAAAUUAAUGAAGUGUUAGCCAUGCAAGAGUCGGAAGAGACUGUUAUUUUGGAUUCGGACAAAAAUGGGAUAGAUUUUGACGGUGUCAUGAGCAUGGAAGGUACUUCCAUACUGGGUAUUCAGAACUCUCCUCACAUUGUUGAAGAUAGGGAUGAUACUUCAUGUCAUGAUGAUCGCAGCCAAUUCUUAUUUGUGGAGGAAGAUUCUCAAACAGAGCUACUAAAAGAGGUAAAGUGUCAAAACAGGGAUUUUUCCGAAUUGUGUACAUUGCCCCCUGUACCUUCACUCUCACCCAAAGAUCAUGAAGCCAGUUUAUUUCCCUCUGCUCUUGGUACUGAAGAUUCAGAGAAGACUAUGGAUGAAGUGUGUGGGCUUGAUACUGAAGGAGAGACAGAUAAACAGACAAAAACCAAAAGGCUGAAGAGAAAGCAUUCUGAAACUGACACUGAUAGCAGUACUCUAAUUUCAUCCCGUAGAGCCCUGAGAGAAUGUGCUCAAGACAUAAUCAAUAUGAGUUAUUGGUCAACAGAUACAAUACUCUUGCAGGAAAUGCUACGAGUAUUUGAAAAAUACAGAACCUGUGUGCGUGAAGAGUUGGAGGCUAAAAAAAAGCUGGGGAAAGAUGAGUUUGCCCUUUUGCAAACGUCGCCAGGAAAAUCAAGAUGGAAAUCCUCAUCAAAAAGUCAUGGGUUAACAGCCAAAACUCUUUUUCAGUCAGCAAGUCAGAAGGAGUCAAGGCAAAGUUCAAAGAAAUUGAGGAAUAUUGCUGGAACAUUAUUCUCUUCAUCAGAGAGCUCUGUUGGUGACUACGAAGAUUUAGUCAUAAAUGAUUAACUGUGUAGCAUUUUAAAUUAUUUAUUUAUUUUUUUGUGUGUACUUUUCAUACUUAUGAAGUCUCCUUACUUUAUCUGUCACUGAAGAAACUUUUAGUGUCUUGUUUUUUUUUUUGUGUUUUUUCCCCUGUUACUUUCAUUGAUCUGAUUGAUAAUGAAUGUACUGUACUGCAAUUUAUUAAUUCUUAAGUAUGGACUGAAUAUGUCUGUAACUCUCCUCAAUUAUCUGGAGGAUUGUCCAUGUUAAUCCGUAAUGAUAAAACGAAUUUGCUCAAGCUACUAUUCCGUAAUGUUUUGAAUCUUUUGCUUGCAAGAUUCAAAUGUAAUGUAGGUACUGUAUUCCGUUUAAUGCACACUUUGUGCUUCCUCAACAUUGUUUUAAUGUCGAUUAGUCAUCUACUAUCGACCUAUCACCUGUGAUACACAUUAUUAGAAAGAGAAAAAAAGGAGGAGGGGGAGUAGUCUGUAUAUAAGUCAAGUAUUUUUUUGUUUUUGUUUUUAUAGAGAUUGGUGUAAAAAUAUUUAUUUUCUCUCUUGAGAUUGUCUUCUAGGUGAAAAUGUGUUCAACUGACGUUUGCAAUAAUUAUCUAAGUCAUGUAUGUAAGCUCAGUAGUUCUAGAUUCUCUCUUGUUUUUUUUUUUUGAAAAUAGUUUUUUCCUUUUCUCAGCUGUGAUAGUUGAUGUUUUUAAUCUUUUAGUAA